UGUUAUAAAGGAUCAGUGACACAAGAAUAUCACUUUCAUAUCAGGGAUGCAUCUUCAUUAAAUGGGGAUUGCAGUCAAAGUAUUAAUACAGACUGUUUUAAUAACAGACACAUUAAUCCGACGAAUAAUAAGCUGGUUGCUUUUCUGACGUUUGGCGAGGGCUGGCACAAUUAUCAUCAUGUGUUCCCGUGGGAUUAUAAAGCGGACGAAUUGGGCAAUUACAUGCUAAACAUCACGACGAUGUUUAUCGACUUCUUCGCGAAAAUCGGCUGGGCAUAUGACUUGAAGCAACCAUCACAACAACUCGUGACGUCCGCCGUGAUGAAGAGAGGUGAUGGCAGCCAUCACAUGUGGGAUCCCAUGGCGCAUCCCGACAGCAAGAUCGAAGAGUGAAAGAACGAUUCAGUCUUGGGUGCAUGAUGCAGGUGUUUUUAUCGUUGAAAAAGUUCGAUAAGUUGAGAGUGUAAUAGUUAUCUCGAUUGUACAAUAAACUUUAUUAGUUAAUCGCAAUAAUUGUAGUAAAGAACUAUUUGUAAUAAAGUAUAAAAAAUAUAUUAUAUAAUGAAGAACGUUUAGAGAAAAUUA